AUGGAAUCAGUGGAAGAGCAAGUCCUUGUUCCAGAUGAGAAAAUUCUCUCUGCAAUCUUUCCUGACAUCGAUUUAAAGCCAUCCAGCUGCAAUGUUAUCACAAACACGUUUGACAGCUGCACUUUCAGCAUUCAACUUGAGACCGCACCACUUCCCGAUUACCCGAAGGUUCUCAAUCUCAUCGUUCGGCUCGAGAAAUCUGGAAAGUCUUUGGCCGCAUUGGCAACGUUCCAACGUUUGGCAAAAUCCCAACUCAACGACCUUAUUCCGUCAGUGCUGCAUUUUGGCACCACGACGACGUUGGCAGAGCAAGUUGAAUACUUUGUGACACCCUAUAUUACGGAUACAACCACCCUCGAGGAUGUGUGGGAUACCCUUGAUGAAACGAAUCAGCUGGAGCUGGUCAAGACGGUCAUUCUGGCCGUGGAAAAGCUCCAAAAGCUAGACCUUACUGAAAGCCUGAAGGAAACCACUUAUAUCUCAGUCGAUGAUUCCCCUUCCCAGGCCACUAAGAUUGCAAUCGGCGAUUUACAGCAUGGAUUUUCUCCAAAUAUCAAACAGUUCUUGAGUGGGCUUCUGAAAUCAGAUGAAGAGACCCCCAAUUGGAAACUGUUGGAGACGGACAACGGAGUCGAAAUCCAGUCAACGUAUGAGGAUAUAGGUCAAAUUGAAUUCUCUCACGCCGAGCUCAAUGAACUUCAGCAACAUGUCGUCCUAUGCCACAACGAUCUCGAGCCACGUAACUUCCUUGUGAGAGAGGUAUCCGGGAGCUAUGAGCUCAUUGCCAUUAUUGACUGGGAGAUGGUGGGCCUGUUUCCAUUUGCUUACGAGUAUGGCUACAAGGAUACGGUGCUGGGGUCUUCGAACUUGUCGUACAGCUGGUACGAGUCGUUUAAAAGCCAAUCGUCCCAUCUGUUGCCUGAUGGAGAGUUCCACACAAAACUUGUCAAGGCACUCCAGAUUAUCGACAACUCAGAGAGGAAAUCCAGUGGCAAAAAUGUCGGCAGACUGGUUCAGCACAAGUGGCUGGAAAGGGAACAGGUUGAAGAAUCUUCAGAUCCCCGUCGAGGUUGGGUGCGCAAAGAUGGUGCGAACCCUCCUAGGGGAUUUUCAAAAGAUGAUCAAAGCAAACUCGAGUAUGAGGCUUUGGAAGAACUGGGUUAUGUAUAA